AUGCCAAACACUCCAACCUGUCUCCAGUUCCUAUGGCCCCAACACCCCUGGCCCAUUCUCUUCAUCAUGGUCAUCUACAUCACGCUCGUCAGACACCUCCGAUACCGCCGCAAGCAAUCAAUCGAGGGCCCCUUCAUCUACGGCAGAAGAGAUCUCUCGACCAUGACAACCCAAGAAGCCCACAUCAUUAUAAACCAAUUACAAGAACUCGAAUUCCCAUAUGCAUUCAACAAAGCUCGAAGAAUCGCCCUGCUUAAGGCAGGAGGCAUCCCAACAAUGUCAAAGCUCUUCGCAGCCACCGGCCAAAACAACAAGCGCAACUCCGGAAAACGAGCUGUAGACACGGAAAUCCUUCUCCGAGAGGCGCAGUCUAAGGCCAGGGGGGAUGAGAGGUAUGGUAUGGCGGUUGCGAGGAUGAAUUAUUUACACGCCCGCUACCGCAAAUCCAACAAAAUCACCACCCCCGACCUCCUCCACACCCUAGGCGACGGCCUCGCCGAGAUCCUCAACGUGAUUGAAAAAUCCGAAUGGCGAAAUCUAACCGACGUGGAGAUCUGCGCUCUGGGAAUCUUCCACAAGAAUCUUGGGGAAGAUAUGAAUAUUCCUUUCGAUGUGCUGCCCUCGUAUGAUGGGGGUUGGCGCGAUGGGAUGCAUUUUGCGAAGGAUUUACGGGAUUGGACGAUACGUUAUGAAGAGGAUGUUGCGAGGCCGGUGCCGACGAAUGAUCAGUAUGUUAAUGUUUAUGUUGAUGGGGCGAUGGGGAGGUUUCCGGGGUGGAUGAGGGUGGGUGUGAGGAGGGUGUUGGGGGCGGAGGUGGGUGAGAGGAUGAGGGGGAGUCUUUGUCUUGAGGAACCCGGUCCGAUACUCCUCUUCAUUCUGGCUUGCAUUCGGGAAACAAGAAGGUUCUGCCUUCGAUAUCUUGCCCUUCCACGGGUAACUCCUAUGAAGCUGGUACAUGAGACGGCGGAUCCGAAGACGAAACGAUACCAUUUUGUUAGAAAGGGUCUACAGCCGUGGUAUAUGAAGCCGGAUUUCUGGUCGAGGUGGGGAACGGGAGCGUUGUUCGUGAGGAUCCUGGGUGGUAAAGUGCCUGGUUCGCGUGGAGAUCAUUAUCAUCCACAAGGAUAUGAUCUCAUGACUAUUGGACCGGAUCCGCAGAGGGGUAGAGGAACGGAGGAGAUGACGAAUAAUAUCGAGGUUAUUAGGGCGAGGGCUGUGGCUAUGUGUCCGUUUCCGCAUGGGAAGGCUGGUGGGUUAGAUUCGAUUCGCUCUAUAUAG